UGUGAAACUGGAUGAGACAAGGGCUCUAUCAGGAGCCUUUGUGCAGAUAUACCUGCAAUUACUGAAGAGGACCUCUGGGCAGGUUCACACGGCACUUGGCAGGGUGGAGUUUCUUGACCCAUGGAGAAUUACUUUCAGGCUGAGGCCUUUAACUUGGACAAGGUGCUGGAUGAGUUUGAACAGAACGAAGAUGAAACGGACACGCCGACUCUCUCGGAUGCCAAGUGGACCCAGAUUCUCGCCCCGCCAUCACACCUCCUUUCCCUGAAUCCAGCACUGACCCACUCCAAUCUCAGCCCAAGGGACAGUCCUAUCAGCUUCAAGCCGCUUCUAGACGCCCAGACGUCAGAUGGCCUCUCUUUGGCUGAGGUCACCAGGUUAGAUGGGAAACAGGGGGUGGGGCAGCAGCCAGAGGGCAGGAGUGAAGAACGGCCAGCAGAUGUUCACAGUCCUCCUCUGCCCCAGCCCAACAUUGGCAAGCUGGUGAGCACUGAUGGGCAGUUGCCAGACUUGCCGUCCUCCAACAGAGUGGUGCUGGAAAAUGGUUAUCCAUCUAGUCCUGAUCUUAGUGACCGGACUGACGUUCUUCCGGUCAACGAAGAUGAGACAUGUCAAACUGUUACGGAUGAGCAAAGUGUUAAGGACACUGGUCCCCGAGAGUUUAAGAUAGAGCAGAAUGGUACUAACGAGGGAAGUGGCGGUGGUCUUCAAGAUUUCACUGUUCUCGAGGAACAGUGUGGGAAUGGGCCACCAGUUUUGAAUAAUGGUGUUAAGAUGGAAGCAAGCCAGUCUGACAGUGGUUCACCUGUCCGUGAGGUCGGAGUGAGGGACUGUAAUCUGGUAUUUCCAGAAGGAAGUAAUCCCCAGAAAGGGGAAGCAGUUUUGCACAAAUCAGUGAGUGAUGGCGGAGAACUGGAUUGUGAGAGGGAGAAUCAUGAGGGUGCCUUUCAAAAUGGUGGACUGGUUGAGAAUGAAAUGGCAGGGAAAGACACAUGGGCGUCAAAUCAGGAAGAGAAAGAGAAAACGAUAGAGAGUGACCACGAGGGAAUGCACAGAGAGUCUGAAUCAUCAGGGGCGGAGAAGUCCCUGUCCAAUGGUCUGAUUGUGGAUCUUGGUGGAGAUGCGCAAAGCCAGUCAGCGGUCCCUUCAAAGGAGGACUCUGUGACAGAGGAAAAAGAAAUGGAGGAAAGCAAACAAGAGUGUUGUGAUUCACUUAGAGGACUGGAAUCUGGCAGAAUGGGCAAACUCAACAACAGCCGGCUGCAGCCUGUCAGCGUUCCCUACGGUGGUGCCCGCCCGAAACAGCCUGUCAGUCUGAAGCUGCAGAUUCCCCAGCCUUUCUCGAGCCAAGUCCAGAAUGAAUUUGGCUCCACUGGCAAGAACAAGAACCUGGAGCCACAGAGUAGGACAGGAGGCCUUGAGGCGUCUUGUGGAGCAACUGAGUCUGGGGUCGUUCGAAUGAAUGGAGAGCAUGGAGAUAGCUUUUCUGGCUUGCUCAUCCCUUCUGAGAGUCCAGACAAUGACCUUCAGGCAGGACAGCAAUUGAAGAAACCCUUCAACUCUUUGGGGGAAGUGGCUCCUGUUUGGGUUCCUGACUCCCAAGCACCCAUUUGCAUGAAGUGCGAGGUCAAGUUCACCUUUACUAAAAGAAGGCAUCAUUGUCGGGCUUGUGGCAAGGUGUUCUGUGCUGCUUGUUGUAGUCUGAAAAGCAGGCUGAUGUACAUGGACAGGAAAGAAGCGAGGGUUUGUGUUACCUGCCAUCGUGCACUUAUGAAUGCUCAAGCAUGGGAGAACAUGGGAGGAGGAGGCAACCAGAGCCCAAAUCCCAACAACCCAUCUGAGUACUGCUCCACUAUUCCCCCUCUGCAACAAGCCCAGGCAUCAGGAGCACUCUGCUCCCCACCCCCAACCGUAAUGGUGCCCGUUGGUGUCCUGAAACAGCCAGGAUCUGAAGGCUCUGUUCCUCGAGAGCAAAGAAGGGUUUGGUUUGCUGACGGCAUUUUACCAAAUGGGGAAGCUACAGACUCUUCUAAAGGGCCGGCGGCAAACCCCAACCCCACACAGCCUGUGGCAGCGUCCCAGUACUCAAACAAAUCCUCAGGAGCCAAUGCUUCUGAGGCGGCCCGUGCCACUGGCGCUCCGAUGGCCAGCCCUGUGGGCAGCUCUCUCAGUCUGAUCCCAGAGGAUGGACUUCCUCCCAUCCUCAUCUCCACAGGCGUCAAAGGAGACUAUGCUGUGGAGGAAAGACCUUCUGAGAUUGUGCUGAUGCAGCAGCUUGAGGAGGGCGGCCCUGAUCCCCUGGUGUUUGUCCUCAACGCCAACCUGCUGGCCAUGGUCAAACUGGUCAAUUGUGAAUCCCACACUUCCUUCUGUGCAGGAAAUGUGUUAAGUCACCUGGGCCACUCCUUCUUCACUCAGAGCUUCCUGGGCAGCAAGGAACACGGCGGCUUCCUUUACAUUAGCCCCACCUUCCAGACCCUGCAGGACCUGCCGUUGCCCAACCCACCCUACCUCUUUGGCAUCCUGGUGCAGAAGUGGGAGACCCCCUGGGCCAAGGUCUUUCCCAUCCGACUCAUGCUCCGCCUAGGGGCGGAAUACCGAUUCUACCCCUGCCCACUAUUUAGCGUUCGCUUCAGAAAACCCCUCUUUGGAGAGACUGGUCAUACCAUUAUGAACUUAUUGGCAGAUUUCCGUAACUACCAGUACACCUUGCCGGUGGUGAAGGGGCUGGUGGUGGACAUGGAAGUGAGGAAGACGUGCAUCAAGAUACCGAGCAACCGUUACAAUGAGCUCAUGAAGGCUAUGAAUAAGUCAAACGAGCAUGUGCUGGCAAUGGGAGCGUGCUUCAACGAACGAGCGGAUUCCCAUCUUGUAUGUGUUCAGAACGAUGAUGGAAACUACCAGACGCAGGCCAUCAGUAUUCAUCACCAGCCUCGCAAAGUGACUGGGGCCUCCUUCUUUGUGUUCAGCGGGGCUUUAAAGUCUUCAUCGGGCUACUUAGCUAAGACCAGCAUUGUGGAAGAUGGUGUGAUGGUGCAGAUUACAGCUGAAACGAUGGAGGCCUUACGGCAAGCCCUGAGAGAGAUGAAAGAUUUCAGGAUUGCCUGUGGGAAAACUGAUCAGGAGGAGAACCAGGAGCACGUCCAUAUCCAGUGGGUUGAUGAUGACCACAAUGUCAACAAGGGUGUGAUCAGCCCCAUUGAUGGAAAAUCCAUGGAGUCAGUCACCAGUGUUAAAAUCUUCCAUGGCUCGGAGUAUAAAGCCAAUGGGAAAGUCAUCCGUUGGACAGAGGUGUUCUUCCUGCGGACCGAGGACCAGACCAAUGGCCUGAGCGAUCCUGCAGACCACAGCCAACUCGCUGAGAAUGUGGCAAGGGCUUUCUGCAUGGCCCUGUGCCCUCACCUCAAACUUCUCAAAGAGGACGGCAUGGCCAAACUGGGCCUGCGGGUCACGUUGGACUCAGAUCAGGUGGGCUACCUAGCAGGCAGUAACGGUCAGCCACUGCUCCCCCAGUACCUGAGUGAUCUAGACAGCGCCCUCAUCCCAGUGAUCCACAGCGGGGCCUGCCAGCUAAGUGAAGGGCCUGUGGUGAUGGAGCUCAUCUUCUACAUCCUGGAGAUCAUCUCCUAAAGCGAGGGAAUCCAUCCAGUCUCAGACUCAUGCCUCCCACCAGCUCGAGUCCCUCUUCGCUCUCUUUCUCUCAUUUGCACUUCAAAGAGCCUGAAAGCUGUGCAGGAACAAGUCCUCCAUACCACCUAUGCACCAUCUCCUCUGGGACGCCCUCUGAAUGUGGUGCUCUCUUUCGUUUCUCCUCACCUCUCAACUCCACUGUGGAAACCAUAGGCCCUGUUGAGUCAAAAGGGGUGGCGACCCUGAAUUCGAUCUCUUCAGAACCGUUGUAGCAACACUAAGCUCCUCAAACACAAGAGGGCGCUCUACACGCUCAGUCCUAAUGGAGACGAGUGACAGAAGGGAAGGUGUGCACCAUGAUAUGGUUUCUGGUACACAGUGCCUGGGCCUCAAUUAGAAACGAAGAACGAGCUUCAGUCUUGCCUCUAAGCUUUAUGAAUCACCAGAUGCUUUAUUUCAUGAAUAUGGACCUCAUUUUGUUUUAAACUGCUCCAAAGCUAAAAUGAUGUAGCUUCCUCAGAGACGGGCUGCUUGGCAUGGUAGCGGAAAGAUUGUGGAACAGUAUUAGGAAUGUUGACGAUUGAGUUACUGUAGCAAAUGUCAAGAACGGACCUCUGUUAUAGACUUUAUUAUUAUUACAAGACAAUAAGAUCCAACAAUAAUUUCAAGCGGCCUUCAGGAAUUCAACUACAACUUCAAGAUCCACAUAAUGAUGGCCUACGCUGGAUGAAUGAGGACAGCAGCUGAUAUGAAGAUCCACAGCAAGUGAACCUCACAGCCCUUUAUUAACAGGUCAACAGUUGAGACAUAAAUCAUGUGUUUCUGGCUUUUGGUGAAGAGUGCAGACAGCUUUGGAAGCAGACUGUUCAUGAAAAAUAAAUGGCAUUACAUGGAAGCUGCAUUGUCGUCCCACUAACACAGCUCAAAACAGCCUUUAGUUACUCCCUGUAUCCACCUUUGUCGUUGUUUUUCUAGAUGUGCAUUAUUGUAUAUCUUGACAUUUCUAUAUUUUGUUAACCAUAGCC